UUGGGCGGCGGUGGAUCUGGGCGGGCGCGUAGACUUGUUCAAGUCCGUUCGUAACUUAAAUUUGUAAAAUUUGUACAAUUCCACUCUCUCCACUAAUGAACAAUAUUUAAUGAAAUAUUCCUUAUCGCUAUGAAGCUAUUAAAACCCAAGUGGGUCACUCAUGAAAAUGAUUCACCUAUAUUUUCUAUUGAUAUUCAUCCUGAUGGAUCGAGAUUUGCAACUGGUGGACAAGGCUUGGACUCAGGCAAAGUUGUCAUUUGGAAUAUGGCACCUGUUGUCAGCAAGAAGGCUGAAACUGAUGAAAAUAUCCCCAAAAUGCUUUGCCAAAUGGACAACCACGAAGCUUGUGUAAACUGUGUUCGCUGGAGUCACUCUGGGCGCUUUUUGGCCUCAGGAGGAGAUGAUAAACUAAUUAUGGUCUGGAAGAUAAAUCAGUAUGCUGGUGGGAACACAGUCUUUGGGACUGGUGGAGGUAUUGUUAAUGUGGAGUCAUGGCGUUGCUCAUCCACUCUAAGAGGUCAUGAAGGGGAUGUGCUGGACUUGGCAUGGUCUACACAUGAUGCUUGGCUAGCGUCAUGCUCUGUUGAUAAUACUGUAAUUGUUUGGAAUGCUCUAAAAUUACCAGAAACUAUUGCUGUCCUGAAAGGCCAUACCGGCCUUGUUAAAGGUGUAACCUGGGAUCCAGUUGGAAAAUAUCUUGCCUCUCAAUCAGAAGAUCGGACGUUACGGAUUUGGAGAACUGUGGACUGGAAAGAGGAGCAAGUUAUCAAGGAACCAUUUGAAAAGUGUUCAGGAAGCACACAUGUGUUAAGAUUAAAUUGGUCUCCUGAUGGUGAAUUUCUUGUGUCAGCCCAUGCUAUGAAUGGACCUGGCCCCACAGCUCAAAUUAUUCAACGUGAGGGUUGGACAUAUGAAAUGGACUUUGUUGGUCAUCGGCAACCUGUCACAUGUGUUCGUUUUAAUAGUGUUUUGUUCCGCCGCCCAUCUAAAAAAGCCUCACAGUAUUCAUGUGUUUGUGCUAUUGGCUCUCGUGAUCAAUCUAUUUCGAUUUGGCUAACUUCUAUGAAAAGACCACUUGUGGUCAUUAGAGAAUUAUUUUCAAAUUCAGUUCUUGAUGUGUCCUGGAAUAGCAAUGGAAACCAACUUAUGGCAUGCUCAUGGGAUGGCAGUGUAGCUUAUAUUGAGUUGUCUGAAGAGGAAUUUGGUAAACCCCUCACCAAGGAGGAAAAGAUUUCCCUUCAAGAAAAGAAAUUUGGGAAAUCAUUACUUUCUCAAAAAGACACCUAUGUUUCAAGAGUUGUUGAAACUCCAGCAUUACUGCAACUGCAAAACAAGGCAGAGUUGAAGUCAGAUGGAGUCCCUCUGACCGGUUCUGCAGCAACAGUAGAAGAUAAAAAAGUGACUUCCACUCCAAUUAAAGGACCAAUUAGUAAGCAAAUUGAAACAAGAACUUCAGAUGGCCGAAGAAGAAUCACUCCAAUGUUUAUUCCAUCAACUCCAGACAGAGGGGAUGUUCCUCAACCAUUUAACGCAUCUGCAUCGGCUCAACCAACCUUUAGCUCAGCUGAAAGCAAAAGUCAAAUUGUUGUGGAAAAAAGAGAGGAUGUUGUGAAACCAAAUGUGGCGACUGUGAAGUCUCCCGUAAAAGACGGACCUGUUGUUAAUGGCCAUGCUCCUUCAAGUUCUGUUGUUGAAAACACAUCUGAGAAACCCUCUACUACCGCUCCAGUAUCUACCCCCUUCGCUCCUGUUUCGUUUGGUGGCAAACGGAGAACAGAGAAAGAGAAGGAAAAACCUGCAUCCUCUCAAACUCCAAAUCAGGCUUCACAACCUCAACAACCCAAGAGGGCACGCUUUUCGCUUGACAGGCCAGCUGUUGCCUCUCUACCUCCUACUCAUACUGCUCAGGAUUCAGGUCCUCUUACAGGUCGUGCUGACGGGCCUGGAAUAUUUUUGCCCCCUCUAAAAAGCUCAACAAAAUUAGCAGUCCAGGUUGAAAGUGCAAGGCUACAGAGGGAAGCUCAUUGGGUUGAGGUCGAAAAUGCCUUUUCAAACACUGUCUCUGGUCCCUUAUCAAGAUUGAAAGUUAUCCGCAGCUCUGCUGUGUCUUCUGGAACCUCUGUUGGGAGCUUGAAACCACCAACAGUUUUGUGGGAUACAGUUUUUGGGUGCCCUGUCAUUGGUCUUGUAGCAAAUGCAUCAUUUGUGUGUGUGGCACUUGAAGAUGCCACUUUGCAAAUUUUGGAUUUUAAAACAGGAUGGCGCAGCUUUCCUCCUCUUGUUUUAUCUGCCCAAGCUAGUAGACUUUCCCUGAAUGUUAAUUCUUUCUUCAUGGUUGUGACUGCAUGUGGGCAAAUGAGCAUAUGGGACCUAAGCAAAAGUCGUAAAGUACUUUCAAAUGAAAGUCUUCUACCCAUUAUGACAGGACUUUCAGGUUCACAAGUUACCUUACUCAGUUGCUCUCUGUCUCAGAAUAAUAUUCCUUUAGUUUCACUAUCUACUGGAAAAGCAUUCACAUUCUCUCUUGAUAUGGGUUGCUGGAUGCAGGUUGGCAAUAGUCGCAGCUCAGUUACCCGCAAUUCAGCCCAUCAGUCUUUCCUUGGCAAUCCUGUGUCCAAUGGUACUACUUUACCUUUAACUUGUUUACAGGCUGACAUUCGCAGCUGUGGUGGCGGCAAUCGGCUUCUGGGAGUGCCUAGCAGCAGUGCAGCUGCUUCUGUCAUUCAACCAUGCUCUCUAGCAUUUCUUGAUGAACAGUUAUCAGCCUGUAAGGCAACUUCUUCCCCACAAGAGUACCAGUACUGGCUGUUGACAACAGUUCGAUUUCUAGUCCACAAUGGCUUAGAGGAAAGAUUAAGGCUCAUUUGUAAUGAUCUUCUUGGACCAAUACACAUGGGAAUAUCAAAAUCAAAAACAUGGGAUAGUCACAUUUUGGGUGUCUCUAAACACAGUCUUCUUAAACAAGUGUUAGAGAUUGUUUCAUCUAACUUAAGGUGGCAGCGAUUAUGGACUGAGUACACUGACCAAAUUCAGUCAGUAGAAGAGAAGCCUAACUGAAGCAAUUCUUAAGUUGAUUAUUUUAUGAUUUUAGUUGGUAAAUCAUGUACCUGUGAAACAAGUUUUGAAAAUUUACUUGCCUUGUAAAGUUAUUUGUUGAAGUAGAUAAUGAAAUAUUGAAGAUUCUGAUGUGUGCAAGUGUUGAACACUGCAAUUUUUAAUUUCAGAUUUUAUUCCCUUUCAAUUUUAAAUUACUUGUAUUAUUGGUUAUUGUGUAUUGUCAAUCUCUGGUCUAGUUAAUUGUCUUUCAUGUGUGCUCAUUGUUUAUACAUUUUUUAUAAAGUGAUGUGAUACGUUAGCUAUAGGUAACUUUUUGUACAUUAAAACACUCAUGAUUCUUUUCAACCAAA